AUGGAUGAAAAUUACGACGUUAUAGUCUUAGGUACUGGCUUGACCGAAUGUAUCCUCUCUGGUCUCUUAUCGGUCGAAGGCAAGAAGGUUUUGCACAUCGACAGACAGGACUUCUAUGGAGGAGAGUCUGCAUCUUUGAACCUUUCUCAAUUGUACUCCAAGUUCAAGCCCUCUGCCCAGAAGCCGGACUUGAAGGGUAGAGACAGAGACUGGUGUGUUGAUUUGAUCCCUAAAUUCUUGAUGGCCAAUGGAGAAUUGACCAACAUCUUGGUCCACACCAAUGUCACCAGAUACAUCGAAUUCAAGCAAAUCGGAGGUAGUUACGUCUACCGUAACGGCAGAAUUGCCAAGGUGCCUUCCAACGAGGUUGAAGCUAUCAAGUCGUCCUUGAUGGGCAUAUUUGAGAAGAGAAGAAUGAAGGGGUUCUUGGAAUUCAUCAGCAAGUACGACGAGAAUGUACCAUCCACCCACCAAGGCUUGAACUUGGACUCCAACACCAUGAACGAGGUCUACAACAAGUUCGGCUUGGAAAACGGGACCAAGGACUUCAUCGGCCACGCCAUGGCCUUGUGGUCCACCGACGACUACUUGAACGAGGUGGCCCGUCCUACCUAUGAAAGAAUCUUGUUGUACGUGCAAUCGGUUGCCAAGUACGGUAAGUCUCCAUACAUUUACCCAUUAUACGGUUUGGGCGAGUUGCCUCAAGGUUUUGCCAGAUUGUCUGCUAUCUACGGUGGUACCUACAUGUUGGACACCCCUAUUGACGAGGUGUUGUACGAGGGCGACAAGUUUGCGGGAGUCAAGACCAAGGAAGGCACUGCUAAGGCUCCAAUUGUGAUUGCUGACCCUACCUACUUCCCCGAGAAGGUCAAGAAGACCGGCUCCAAGGUGAUCAGAGCCAUGUGCAUCAUGGACCAUCCCCUUCCAGGCACCAACGACUUGGACUCGGUGCAGAUCAUCAUUCCCCAGAACCAGGUGGGUAGAAAGCAUGAUAUCUACAUAGCUGUCUUGUCUGACGUGCACUGCGUUGUUCCCAAGGGGUACUACUUGGCCAUUGUGUCCACCAUCAUCGAGACCGACACUCCCCACGUCGAGUUGGAGCCUGCAUUCAAGUUGUUGGGCAACCGUUUGGACACCUUGAUGGGCAUUGCCGAGUUGUACGAGCCUGCCAGCGACGGGGCCAGCGACGGUGUCUACAUCUCCAAGAGUUACGACGCUACCUCGCACUUUGAGAGCACCACCGACGACGUCAAGGACUUGUACUUCCGGAUCACUGGCAAGCCCUUGGUAUUAAAGAAGAGAUCCAACAGUGAGGAGGACGAGGGGUUGAACGGUCUUGAGUAG